AUGUGUCUUCGCAAAGUCUUCAUUCAUCACCGGUGCGGCCACAAGAUCACCGAGCUCCUGGAGCCGUGUGAUGGCAUCGACGGCUGUCCUGGCGUUGUAACCAAGCCCGUCAUUACCAAUCAUUACACGUGCAUCAUACGGAGUUGCGUCUGGUACGGGCAGUUUUGA